AUGAUGGUGCCGCUCAAAGACAACAGGAACAAGAACACAUGGGUGUUCCUUAAACCUUGGAGCUAUGACCUAUGGGUCACAACUGGUUGCUUCUUUGUAUUCAUUGGGUUUAUUGUGUGGAUUUUAGAGCACAGAGUCAACACCGACUUUCGUGGACCACCUCACCACCAGAUCGGCACAAGUUUCUGGUUCUCUUUCUCCACUAUGAAUUUUGCCCACCGCGAGAAGGUGGUUAGCAAUUUAGCCAGAUUUGUGGUGACAGUUUGGUGCUUCGUGGUUCUUGUGCUGAUUCAGAGCUAUACAGCGAAUCUCACAUCUUUCCUCACUGUACAACGGUUCCAACCAGAGGUCACAAAUUGGAAAGAUCUCAUAAAAGAUAACAAAUCUGUAGGGUUCCAGCGUGGCACUUUCGUGCUUAGCCUUUUGAAAAAACAAGGAUUUCAUGAAUCUCAGCUUAAGGCUUUUGGUUCCGCUGAAGAAUGUAACGAGCUUUUCUCCAAUGGGAAUAUUGCAGCAGCUUUUGACGAAGUGGCCUACCUUAAAGUCAUCCUUUCUCAAAAUUGCUCCAAAUAUGCCAUGGUUGAACCUUCCUUCAAAACUGCUGGUUUUGGUUUUGUAUUCCCCAGGAAUUCACCUCUGACGGAUGACGUUUCAAGGGCAAUAUUGAAUGUGACUGAAAGCGAUGAAAUGCAACACUUUGAGGAGAAAUGGUUCAAGAAACAGAGUGAUUGUCCUGAUCAAAACACUAUUCUUUCCUCCCACCAUCUCAGCGUUAGUAGCUUCUGGGGUCUGUUUCUAAUAUCGGGCCUUGCUUCAGUCUUGGCACUUCUCAUCUUUGUAGCCAACUUCUUGCACGAACAUAAGCACAAGCUAUUUCAAGACUCCGAAGACUCCUUAUGGAAAAAGUCAAUGUUUUUACUUAGAAUCUUUGACGAAAAAGACAUAAAGUCGCAUACAUUCAAGAACAGUGUCGUUCAUAACGUCAGUUCACCAAUUACCCAAGGCAUUCCUAGCACUUCAACAGUGCAGCGCACACCAUCGUCACGAAGUCCGUCACCAAAUAGGGAGUUUGAGCCAAUAAGAGUGUCUUGCAACCCAAGCGAAGAUCUCUCAAAUUUUCGACUGGAACAAGAUAAAGAUGAGGAAUCUCAUAUUCGAUGUGAAGGUGCAUGA